AUGAGUGAGUAUGACAAAAGGGAACUGGGAUGGAGAAGGGUCUAUGAUCAUUUCAGGAAGAAGGCCCAUUUGGGGUUGAGAGAUGGUUUGAGGUAAAAAGGAGAGGGGAAGCCUCAGGCUCAGUGGGGGGUACAAAUACAGGCAUUUUCAUCUGGCCCUGAAAACUCUCCUCAGCCUCACUGGCCUUGCCCACCUGGAAGUCUCCAUGUUUUGGAGUACGUUGUCAAUAAUAUGCAAUGAUACACAACUCUACUUCUCCUUUAUAUCUGUCGGUGAGACACUGGAUAUGCUGGAACAUUAUCUUGCCUUGGUAUCAGGGGCACCGACUUGCCCCCCACAUGGGGGGGGGGGGUCACACCACGUGCCCCCACCAAGUGUGAGAACGCUCAUGUGCCAGACUGUGACACAGAGGCAUCCCACCCUCGCUGCCGCAAUGCCAGUGUUCGCAUGCCGGGUGGGGAAUGGGGAGCACAGAGCUGGGCUCUUGGUUCCUUCUCCCCACGUAGCAUUGGCAGGGAGGAGGUGGAGCGGGACCACGGGAUUUUUUUGUGGGGAUGGCCCCCUCCUUGAAAAUUGGGGGGCUGAAGAUCCCUCAGCCCCCACUAACCGACGUGCCUUCUUGGUAAUGGACUGGAUGAGAGUCAACAGACUGACACACAAUUCAGAUAAGACUUGAGGCACUGUUGGUGGGUGGUUCCCUAGACCGAAUGGCUGGGAGAUCGCCUGCUCUUGAUGGGGUUACACUCUCUCUGAAGGAAUGGGUCCUCCCAGAUCCUUCACUGUCAGGUGGCCUCAGGGUGCAGAGUGCCUCCCGUCAGCUUUGACUGGUGGCCCAGCUACGCCCCCAUCUGGACAGGGAUAGCCUAACUCUUGUUGCGUAUGCUCUGGUAACCUCUAGGCUAGAUGACUGCAAUGUGUUGUAUGUAGGGCUUCAGCAGCCAAGUUGUCCACCAGGACAAAAUGUUUUGAGCGUACAAUGCCAAUCCUGGCCCAACUGCACUCACUGCCACUUAGUUUCCAGGCCCAAUUCAAAGUGCUGGUUUUGACCUAUAAAGCAUUAAACGGCUCAGGGACACAAUUACCUCAAGGACCGCCUCUCUCCAAAGGAACCUGCCCAGACCCUGAGAUCAUCUUCUGAGGCCCUUCUUUGUGUGCCUCCUCCAUGAGAGGUCCAGAGGGUGGCAACACAAGAAGGGGCCUUUUCUGCAGUGGUUCCGUGUUUUUUGAAAUGCUCUCCCAAGUGAAGUUCACCUGGCGUCUUCAUUACAUAUCUUUAGAUGCCAGGCAAAAAUGUUCCUUUAUAACCAGGCAUUUGACCGAGUAAACAAUAUAUGCCCUUUUAAACUGUGGGGAAGGUUUAUUGCUUUGUUAGUUUUUAUGUCAUGUAUUAAUUUUACAAAGAAAUAAAGUAACUGAAUAAUGCCUCCUGUUUCCUAGAUGGAAGAUACUGAGAGGGUUUGGCUGUGUGAGGAAACUAGCCUACUGUACAAAUAGGAUUGCCAUACGCCCAGAAUUUUCCAGACAUAGCCAGAAUAUGGCAGUUGGAAACAGUGUCCGGGUGGUAAUAGCUGAAAGCUGAAAUUUGUUUUUGGCGAAUUUCAUUUAAAAUAGCUAAAAACUUCAUUUGCUCAACAGGUUUGGGGAAAAAAAUAAAUAUAAGCUCAACAGCUUUGUGUCCUGAUUAUGGUAACCCUGGUACAAAGGUAAAAUUUGCUUCUGGCCCCACCCAUAUGAGAGCAUGUGCCUCUCAGGAGGUUUCCCAAAAGGGAAAGCGGUCCUCAUGUGGUAAAAAGGUCCUCCAGCCGAGACCUGCUUUGUGAGGGUGAAGUAUCAUUAGACCAAAAACUAAAAUCAAAAGGAAUGGAUGGAGGUAUCUCAGGAAGGAGGGGGUAGGGGGAAGGAAUCCUGUUGUGUUUUGCCCGCGCCCCACAAAAAAAGAGAAUACAAACUGAUUAAGACUCACAUAUAUUUUACGAAACAUGGAAAAUAAAAAAUAAAAUAAAAAACAGGCACAAAAAUGUUCAUUACAGUACGGCCCCAGCUACAUUAAUAUUACAUUCCUUAUAUAGAAUAAAACGAUUACCAUAAUAUUAAUCCUCCUCUUCUUUUUUAAACUCCAAAUUUACAUAUAGAGUCUAGGUUUCUACAAAACAGAACAACAACAACGACAAUGACAACAACAACAACAACAAAUACAACAAAAAGAAACACACCCCAAAACAAAACCCAUCCAAGACUGAGCAGGUGGAGAAGCGACAAAGUACCCCUGACAACGGUCUUUGGACCUAAACAAGAGGUUCCUGUAUUCCCGCUGUUUAAACAAGAGACUUAGGUGUUCAGAUCUAGGACUCACCAUAGACAGAAGGACUGGAACGGACAACAGACCCAGAUUCAGCACAGAAAUAAAGUCAAACUGUUUCACUCUCAUUUUUCCUCUCACUCUCAUCUUGGCUAUCUUGCAGCCUAAUGCUUUGGUGAGUAACAGUUGUACAGGAACACACACACACACUCAUGUAUGCACACACACACGCACAGGCACACACUCAUACAUAUAUCUAUAAGCAGAGAAAUGUGUUUUUCAUGAGCUCAGUUCUUGCUCUGAAAAACCACCCUCUAAAGUUACACUUUCAUUUUAAAACACAUCCAUGACAAAUGACUGGUUAACGAAUCCUGGAUUUCAAAGAACAUACAAAACCCCUGUAGAAUAUUUAAUGCACCUUUAAGUUAAAAAAGAUUAUUUGCCAUUGUUGUGCUGAUGGUCACAAAGACCCCCCUCUUCCCUGCCCUGUGUUGCCCCUGCUCCUCAUUCCCAAGGGAAUGCUCCAAUGCUGAGGGUCCGGAGGGGCCUGUGAGGAGACACUGUAGUAGCACCUCUUAGUACCUUAAAUAGUUUUAGUCAUAUAUAUAAAACACACUUCUUUUUAAAAAAUUAAAGAGCACCAGGUAUUUCACAGUGAGAGGUAGAAUCAAAUUUAACAAACCCAUCCCUCUCUCUUUCUCUUUUUCCUGUUUAGCACCAAUCUCUUCUCCUUCCUGCCUUCCCUUCUCAAGUCACUUAA